AUGCAGCUACUACACGAAAACAAAACUCUUUUGAUGGGCGUGAAGGAUAGGAGCAUGAGCACCAACGUAAGCGUGAAAGAACAAUUGGAGACCAUGGAGGUGAAAGAGAAGAGGUCAUCGGAUGCAUCAUUGCUCCUGAUGAACCCGGUAGCAAGCGGUGACAAUGUUGCUACCGGGCUCAACUCGGCUCACAAACUGAAAGAAGAACUGCCACCGCUCGUGCCGUGCUGCGAAGGAAGAGAACUGCAGAUAAACGAGGACCUAGUAAGAAGUGGACUGUCAGCAAUUUCCGUGAAACACGACAGCGUGAUACAAUGUUUGAGCAUGUCACGCGCCUGUGAACGGAUGCAAAUACCACCGGGUCUCGUAAAGCAUCGAAAUUCCUUCCGAAGCCUUCACCGGCCCGACUUGAAGCGUGUUCCGUACCUGCGUCGCAUGUCCCCUGAUGAACUGGAAACAUUAUUCCGUGGAUACGCAGACUUACCCACACGAGGGAAUAAUAAAAGUGAUUUUAGAAAGGGAUCCAUUUCAGACGUUCGUGAUGAGAAACCAAAGAACAAACUGCCACCCGAUGAGAAUGGUCAAGUAAUAGAAUCUGACCAAAUCACCAGACCUGAUGAAGGUAACGGUGCCAACGCCUUACUUCCGAUCCUGGAGACACGGUCGGGCGCCGAGGACGUGCCUGCCGGCAUGAGGCUGCAUGGCGCACGGGCGAGGCUCUACACCUCCGUCCUCGCCGGUGCCAAAGUGGGUGAUCAGUUGGAUGGUGUUUCAACUCACGAAGACUUCGACACACGAGUCCCCGAUGACCCAGUUCCCGACGAAGAAGUCCAACUCAACGAGGAACUACAAAUCAUUCUCCCUCCACGCUAUGAUGACGUCACAGCCGACUCUUCCAUUACAAAUAGUUCCAUGGAACAAAACUGCAGCUAG